CCCUACCAUCUCCAUACUGCGUGUGUGAGGUGCGUUGAAAGCCAAACCGAGGUCUACCCUUAAAUGACCAAUCACGACAAACGAUUGCUUCUGCUGGCUGGCUAUGGUCCUUUGUGAUCAAUAGCGCUUAACGCAGGCUCUUACCGUUUGGUUUGGUUUGUGCGCGAACAAUGGAGCCCGCGUCUGAUUUUGGCACGGCGCGAAACUUGCCAACCAUUUAGCAUUGAAUGGAUAUUUUGGAAAUUGAAGGGUAAUUUUGAUAGUUGAAGAGAAAUUUGAUUUUAAAUAAGCAGGGUUUGCAAGCCAAUCCAACCCUGCGUUUGACAGUUGCUUACCUUUAGCGUUGUAGACCUUGAUUUAAAACGUCAAACGCAUUUUGACAUGGCUCGAAGUCAAUGACAACGAUAACAUCAAACAACUUGAUAGAAUCACCAUUCUAGAAGUCUCGAUAACAAACUUCGAACCUAACCUCAUUGAAAUUCCCUCCGUGCUCCGGUCGGCUUCUUCUUCAUCCUCUUUGUUCGCCGGCCGGCCCGAUCUUUACGCACCCCGACGAACAAACAAGCCCCGCGAUGAACAGGCCAAAAUUGUAUUGCUAACCGCGCGAAGGCUCUUUUUCGGUGGCAACUUCCACAGUCUCAGUCUCAGUUCCAUCCUCGACCUCUCUAAAAAGAAGCAAAAAAAAAAAAGAGAUCUACGCUCGCUGUCCUUGUCCAAAUUGCCCGAUUACGAUGCGUGAAAUAUAUUUUAAUGUUCCGCCGGAGAGUCUUUAAGGGUAGGCCGUCUAUUGAUCGAUAAUUGUUAGGUUAUGUCAGUGCGUUUGGCCCCUUGAACCGCGGUGCCCGGACGACGACGGGGGCCUAUAAUUUGACACGAAGUAGGCUGUGGUGCGAUCUCACGAUCCUGUUCUCCUUUGUCGAACUGCGCACUCGAGGUUGCUGUAAGCUCUUGGUGAGCUAAGGGUGAGCGUGGGGUCCUUCACGCACCUGGCCCGCCUGGAUGAAGAGGGCCGCCGUCAGUCAAAUAUCAAAGUAUUAAAUACCAAUCUAGAGGUUGGCGAUGAUUGCGCAGAACAAAGCUAAUAAAAUGGUAUCUCCAAUGGUUGGAAGUCCGAUGAACGGGAGGGGGAGGGGGGAAUGAGCUCAAUUAGAUAACCUGAACUGUGUUUACCCGGAAGUGUGUACGCGCUAAGCCUUAAAUGAUGAUUGAUUCCCGGUUCGGGAAUCGGUUUGUCAAACAAGCGUAAUCAAACAACGCGUUUCUUUCCGUGCAGCGUUGACAGUUGGGCGCUUGUUCAUAGCCUACUUGGUUUUGUUUACCUUCCGAAGCGAUGCAGAUAGCAACGUGCCCAAUUGGGCUGCGUGCCGUGGAGCUGAUUGGGCACGUCCGGACUUGGGGGUAUAAAAACGAUCCGGAGGUGAUCCCGGAGGGUAGUCUGCAGAACAAUGCGGGUAUUGUUGGUUUUGUUGAUAGCCUGCGGGGUUACCCAAGGGUCUGACCACAAUGCCGCGUUCAAGAGUGUCCGACGGGCGGAGUUUGAGUGCGGGCGGUAUCUGGGGUCGGACCAUGAUUGCGCAGCCUACUGCGAGCAGCUGGUUCUGCGCAGUUGGAACGACGAGUACGGGGUUUUGCAGGCCCGUUACGGACGCCAUUACCGACCGAACUGUGACGAUUACGAUUACUACAACCGGACCGUGGACUGCAUUCAGCGGGGAACGGGUCCGCGGGACGACUUCUGCUGUCGAUCUUCCGUCUCGAAGAGAUGUUACUUGGAGAACUACGGUCACCUGGAGCCGACAGCUCCGCAAAUCCUGCACAUGCCGAAGCUCCGCUUGCGGAGCAACCUCGAGCAGUGCGCCCAGAUCUUGAAGAUAUCCGAGGAGGAACUCGCGGACUACCGGGCCGUCCUCUUCCAGUAUCCUCCGAAGGCUCGCUGCCUGCUCCGGUGUCUGCUGAUCCGGGAGGGUCUGUACUCGGACCAGACUGGUCCGGACGCGCACCGGACGUACAUCCAGUGCGGCGGUUACGGCGACACGGAGGAAAUCUUCCAGCGCGAGUUACGGGACUGCGUGGCCAGCAUCUGGGCUCGGUACCGGGAUCCUUGUGAGCGGGCUGCCCACGUCGUGUUCGAGUGCAUUCCCCGGGACACCUCGCCGAAUUCGCUGGGAACCGUCGUAGACGAUGAUCCGGUUACGACGACGACGAAGCGACCCAGCACUACGACCACGACAAGAAGACCACGAAGCGGUUAAGAACUCCUCCAAAAUAAAAAUGUAAACAAAGCAAAGUACGCAGCCAUCUGUCAUUCGUGUACUAUUUCGCGCCCUACCCUCCCAAUUAGGACCUAACGAGGCCUGAAACCCCCCCCAAACAGAGCUGUCAAAACAUCAUUUGACAGCUCCUCAGAUCAUGCCGCCGUUGUCAUGUCCGGACAAUGUCGGUCACGGGACAUAAUUAAUGAUGCAAUAAUGAGGCGACACUUUUUGCUUUUCUAUCCUUUGACAUUCGUUUUCAUUUCACGCCAGAUUAGUCUAGAGCGACUCCCUCGACGAUGAUUGACAGUUUGGUUGCGGUCAGAUGAUGCUGCGCGGCCUACUACGACCGGUGACUACUCCCGCGCGCGAUAAUGACAUCAGAGAGAUUGAACGUCGACUAUGUCGACUGUGCAAAAAGAACACCAUCAGCGACAGAUGAUUGUCGGGGCCGAAAGUAGGUCAGUCGCUAAUUUAAAAAUAUCUGGUGCCCACUUGCCGACUUGGGGCACAAGUGUGCGCACACGCAGAUAUUGCCCCGGUUGAUAUGGUCUAGAAAUAGUCGCCGCACACCUUAUCAGACGCAAGAUGGCGCCCGCUUAGCGUUUAGGUGUAAAUUUUUGCGAAAUUGACGGGCGUCCACGAGCGUGAUAACGCGGGGACCCGUGCUUGGAAACAGACCUGCACGAAAAACUGAUGGACCUGGGUGAGAAAUUGAUUUUUUUCGUUACGUGGACGUCAAGAGCGCCGCGGCACAGGUGAGAUUUGCGAGGUCGAUGACCGUAACGAGUUGACAGCUGCGAAGUAGGCGUUGCUGCGUUUGCUGGCCUGGCAACAGCGAUAGGUGGGAGUUGGGUUUGAGCUUGACCAGAAAGUGUCUUGGAAGAUUGCGAAUAAAACAUCGACAGCACUAAUUCUGAUCAUUGUGGCACUAAAAGGCACGAAAUGAGCACUAAAUUUGGGCACACUUGAAAUUGACAUUUGAGCACACUAAAGGGUCGAAAUUUGAGCCGUGAACAUGUUUGAUUGUUCGUAAGAAACGGUUAAGAGCACAAAAUCUGAAAAUGUGGGCACAAAUUACUAGCACGUGAGCACUUAAUUUUGACAUUUAGUUUUUAAU